CUCCCAACACGCUCCUCAACAGUACAAAAAUCGAAUGGACGACGCAGAUGUUAUUGACAUCACCUCCGGAGAAUCAGACAAAGAAGAAAGCCUCGACGAAAGACGCGAUUUUUUUUGCUCAGUCGUACGGAGGGUAGUAGAUGCUCUUGGAGGAUUUGAAGGGGACGACUAUCGGUUAGGUGACGAAGCUCUCGGGUGCUUGAAGGACCUCAAGAAGUUGUGGAGGAAAGAUGAUACAGAUGACGAGCGUACCAUUGCCCGUAUCUUCUGGGAAUCUCGCGUUCUGAUGAACGACCUUAUUCCCAUUUUGCUGAUCACAGCUGGGAAGGGUAUGGUGGAGGAUAAGAAGGCCAUUGCCGUCGCGGACCUCUUGACAGCGAUGACAUGGCCGAUAGAUUUGGCGGAGGAGCUCAAGGAACUGGACGACCAGCUGGAUAAGGGAGCGGACUACACUCAGCUCCUGCAAAGUCACCUGCAUUACAAAGCGGCGCUGCUCAAACCUGGUGUUAUUCAGGCUUUGUUUGGAAUCAUUAUUCCUCCACUGGUAAAGGCUCCCAAAGAUCGUACGGAGAGAGACAUGCAGAUUGUCAAUGUGAUACUCCAUCUCUUUCGUAACUUGGCCUUCAUCAAAGAUCCCCCGACCAACAUGAGUGUCAGCUCGGACCAGGCGGAGUUCUCGACCUUACAAUCGAAACUUAUUCGCGCACUAUCGGAGACCCAUAUGUUGGAACUGCUGCUCACAGUUGCUGCCAAUGUCGACAAAGACCCACUGUUCGAAAAUUCUAACACAUUGGUGCUCGAGAUCCUCUAUCUUCUCUUCCGAGGCAUCAAACCGACCUCUAUGGCCACUGAUCAGAAGAAUAAACCGGCAGACACGCUCAAGAAGUUGCUCAAAGACGAAGAGAAGGCCAAGAAUAAAUUCUCACGUUAUGCCCCUUCCAGACAUUCCCGUUUUGGAACCACCAUCUCUGUUCAACUCAAUCCUAAGAGGACGCCGAAGCCAGCUGAUGAUGGAAAUGAAGCAGACUCGGAACCCGGCAAGAACGACCCAAGACAGCCGUUCGUCAUUCAUCGCCAACAGGGUAUCAACAGGGACAUAGGUAGCAUUUGGGACAUGUCAAAACGGAAGAUUGCAAAGAAAAGUCAGACCGUGGAUGAACUCAGUAAAGAGGACCACCUCACUGUGGAGGCAAGGUUCACACUGCAGACUUUUGCCACAGACUUCCUUGAUUCCUGUUUCAACUCAUUUUUAUCGACUCUGUUGAAAGACAUACGGUCUGAGAGGCCUAAGAUCACUGAGAAGGACAACUUGCGACUGCUUUUCGUAACUAAGUGGUUCCUGGAAUUCUUUCUCAGUAUGCGUGCGUUAUACACUCAGAGAUUGCAAUCGGAUCAGUCGGACGGUGCAUGUAGGGAAGUUUUGGCAAAGUGGAGAUUUGGUAUGGUUGCUGAGAUAGUAGAACAACAUUGGAUCAUAUGGGUACUCAAGAGGAUGCGCGGAGCUGUCGAAGAAAAGCCCAAAUUAUGGACAGAACUUCAAGCUGGGACUGAAUGUCUGACACAGUUACUGAUGCUGAUUGAUGCUAUGUCCACAUGUGAAGUUGAGGAGGAGCUUCAGCAAGCGGCGGAUGUACUUCAACAUCAAUUGGUUUAUAGUGGUGAGGUACUCGAGAUUUCUUUUGAAAGUCUUCGAACGUACAAGGAAGGGACGCAAUCGCUUGCGUACUUGACUUCGAGUAUCAAUAUGGGAUACGCGCUGUUCAAAGUGCUGGAACGGUACGUAAAGAAGAGUUCUGGUGAUAUGUACAUCAGGAAGAAAACGAACAAGAGGAAAAAGAAAGGCGACACCGAAGUACCUGAAGAGGAGGAUUUACCCCAAGAAGAAGAGGACACUAUACAUGAGACUAUGUUCACCCUUGAAUCGUUCGAGAUGAAAUUUGCACAAGCGGAUAUAACACAUACACUUCUCACUUACCUCUCCCGGUAUAAGGAAUUCCCCUCUUCCGACAAUAUGAAGCGCGUCUUGAGUCUGUUGCACAGGCAAGUAGUACGUGCCAAGGCCGAGGGACUUUUCUUUAACGUCUCGACUCUGAACCUCUUCAAAAGCAUUCUAGAUGACCAGCGCUCACUUCCCCGAGACCAGCCAUACAAGGACUUGAUAUUCCUCAUCAAUUACAUUCUUCGUCGGUUCUUUAAGGCAAUGGAGGAAGACACUUUCCUCGCAAUUGAGGCGUUCUUUCCCAAGAACCGUGGGAACUGGAAGCAGUUUUCGAGCUGGGAGCCUGAAGAGAAGAAGACUAAACGACAGAAGGCUACGGUUGAGGAUACACGUUUCCCCCAAGAUGUGGAGGUCAAGAAGGGUUACUCGUGGAGUGAUCAGCUCGGAAUAGCGAUUGCUGUUUUGGUGGAAUCUGGGAAUUUGGAGCUAGUAAAGUGGCUUCAAGAGAUCUUGAGCACAGUCGUCGGACAGCGUCAGAGGAUUGUAGAUGAAACUGACACAAAGGCAGGCCAGAGCUCGAAUGAAGAGGAUCAGGAUGACUACGAGAAAGCGGCAGCUACGAGGAUGGGUGCCGUGUCGGUUGAUGCGAAAGCGAAGAUGACAGACUACCUGAUUCCUUAUACCAGUGACGAGCACGCAGAAGCAGCCACUAAAAAUCCUCACCUGAAACUUCUUUUCAGGUUAUCGAGAUUUUUUAUUCUCGAUGAAAACGAGGAUGAACUGCAGUGGUACGUUCCCAAAGCCAUCCUUCCAGACGAUCUACAAGCGACAUACAACGUUAUCGCUCAAUUUCUGGAAACCCCGUUCGACCUCGAGGGAAAGAGAGCGUCCGAAUACCUUAACAAGAAACGUCGCCGUCGAAGAAGACCAGCGUACACUGAUUCCACUGAAGAUGACGCUGUUGCUGUGGAUGACUCUGGGAAUGAAAGUGGGAAGGAAAGACGGAAAAAAAGAAAACAAAAGAAGCAAGAGGAACAAAAAUACAAGUCGGCACAAAUGAUUGUUGACAGCGACGAGGAAUUUAACCGUAAUCUGGAGGAUAUCUUAGCUCAGGAGCGGGCAAGACGAGAAAAGGCAGCAACUACUGCAGCAGCCUUGGGAGCGGGACGGAAUGGGACGAUGCAUACUAAUGGUACGAAGAAACGUCGUCGGAAAGCAGGUGGUGAUAAGGGGGAAAAGAAAAAGAGGAGGAAACGCAAUGAAACAGAAACGGAGCAGACAGGAUACGAGGAGAACAGCGACGCAGACAAUAGCCAAUCUCGACCUGUUUCGCCUUUGGAACUCGCUCCACCAAGACCAAGACCAAAGCCAAAGCGGAUACCGAGGUCCUCGGCCACCGAUUCAUUAGAACCACCGGAGGAAGACCACACCGAUGAAGACUUCGACGUGACAGCCAUCAAAACCAUCAGAAAGAAACAAUUGAUCCUGUCGGAUGAAGAGGAAUAA